AUGCUCCCUGCACCCGGAGCACCCGGAGCUCCUGGGGCCCUGGUGUCUGUGAGGCCGGGGCUGGGGGGGCACACGGGGGAGUGUGAAGGACGCGAAGAGCAGGUCCAGGCCGGGGUCCAACACUUCUCUGACGGCUCUUCUUACGAGGGAAAGACCGUGAACGGCCUGAAACACGGGGAAGGAGUUUACACGUGGAACACCGGAGAGACUUAUGAGGGUGACUUCUACAAAGACUUCCGACAUGGAGAAGGAGUUUACAGCUGGCCAUCUGGACACAAGUUCAUCGGAAAAUUCUACCUGAACAGAAGCGAGGGCUAUGGCCAGUAUCUGUUCCCCAAUGGAAUGCACUUUCAAGGCUUGUACCAUAUGGGCCAAAGGCUUGGGCCUGGAGUCCUGACUUAUCCUGACGGCCGGCAAGAUGUGGGUCUGUGGCACAACCAGCGUCUGUUCCAACUCUGUACCACUGUAGAGGAGGGCUUUACACUUCGGGACUUCCCUCAGUAUGCUGCCUAUGGAAACUCUGCUGCUGCUGCUGCUGCUGCUGCUGCUGCUGCUGCUGCUGCUGGAGAGAGGGUCAUAUGGCCUGACUCCAAGGUCCGUUUGAAAAAAAAAUGCCACGAGCUGCCCCUCCCCAGGAAAAAAGUGAAGAAACACUUUCAUAGAGGAGGCUGA